UGGAUGGGUUGCGAUUUGUACUAGUGGAAGGGAGGGACCGCUUCAUGGAAAUCGCAGCUUCACAAUCCUGAUUCCAAGUUGUUAAAGAUCUUCAACGAAAGAUAUGGAAGAAAAGCAAAAUGAAAGCCAGAAUUUUAGAACAAGUAAUAGCUGCCUCUCUGAAGAAGGGGGAACAUACAAGGAAUCAACCAGACGUAGCAGAAAUGAUGCUGAGAAAUCAUUCAGAAAAAGCUUCAGACUAGACUAUAGGUUAGAGGAAGCUGUAACUAAGUCACAGAAAGGAAAGGAUGGAAGAUACAUCAACCCUUGGCCAACAUGGAAAUAUCCAUCUCUUCCAAAUGUUCUGAAAUGGAUAAUAAUGGAAAAAGAUAACAGCAAAAUCCCACGUUGCAAAGAGGAACUGGACAAAGAACUUCCAGUGCUUAGGCCAUAUUUUGUUGACAAACCUGAACAAGUUGGAAUGAAGAAAGGUGGUUUACGAGUCACAUGGCUUGGACAUGCAUCAGUUUUGGUGGAAAUGGAUGAAGUAAUUUUUCUCACUGACCCUAUUUUCAGUAUGCGGGCUUCACUGACACAGUUCAUUGGGCCAAAACGCUUUCGCAACCCACCAUGUACAGUAAAUCAGCUUCCCAAAAUAGAUGCGGUUCUAAUCAGUCAUACCCACUAUGACCACUUGGACUAUAAUACUGUACUCAGUUUAAAUGAGCGCUUUGGAGACACUGGUUAUUGUACUGCUUUUGAAGAGAUAGGAAAACGAUUUGGACCUUUUGAUCUUGCAGCUAUUCCCAUUGGUGCUUAUGAACCAAGGUGGUUUAUGAAAUACCAACAUGUAGACCCUGAAGAAGCUGUAAGGAUUCACAUCGAUGUUCAAGCCAAGAAAUCUAUAGGUAUUCACUGGGGAACCUUUGCCUUAGCAAAUGAGUAUUACUUGGAUCCUCCUAUGAAAUUGAAAGAAUCUCUAGAGAGGUAUGGAAUCAACAAUGAAUAUUUUUUCGUCUUGAAACAUGGAGAAUCAAAAGACAUAAAGACUGAUGAUGAAAACCUUGAAUAAAUAUGGAUGAUAAGGACU